UAAUGAAACGCUAUCUCCCACCUCUGCCGGGCUAUGAACAUUUAGGAUACUUUUUAUAAAAACUAAAUUAUCGAUAGGCUGUCGGCUACGAAACACGUCAGGUGUUUCUCACACUGACUUGUGUCUCAGAGUAGAACGUUCCAAUCCCAACUGAUUUACGCUACGUUUAGGUAGGAGACUGUCCAGUUCAUAGUUAAUGACUCUUCGAGAUAAGAAUGGCAUAGUGAUGACACCUGAAUAGUUUGUGCUUUGCGCACGGUUUGCUAUACUUAUGACUUAGAUUUGUUAGGAACCAUAAACGUGUAGCAGGUGAGAGUAAAGCUGAUUCUUUGAAGAGACCAGUUGGCAUAACCCGUUCCGGUCGGUGUGUCAGUUGGAAUGAGUUUCAGUAAAUGGCUGAAUUGAUGCGGCUCUCCUGUUUCGUGUAGUGUUUUCACAUACAACAAAAUCCUCCUCCCACUUUGACAAGCUCUGAUCACACUGCGCGUGGUAGCUAACUUUGCUGCCCUUCACUGUUUCAUCGGUACGGUGGCUGACCAUGGAUUUUGAAUCUAAGAUUUACCCACAAAUAGGCGGCUAUGGAAGAUACAAUCGAAUUGUGACUAUUUUCAGUUGGUUCCCAAACUUUGCCGUGACACUGAACCUUUUCUGUGAUGUUUUCUACACUUUGACUCCCGAGUCUUUCCGCUGCAAACCCGACCCAAGUCUUCUACCGUCGGGUUUUCUACUCAGUAACUUAUCUAAACAAGCCUACCUCAACUUUACCAUUCCUUGGGACAAAGAAGGUGGACUAAGUCACUGCGAACUGUACAAGUACUCUUCUAACUACACGAAUAUCACGGAAAACAUACCAAGAGAGAGAGUACCGUGCACGAAAGGAUGGGAUUAUGCAAAACCGGCGGGGCUUCAGAGCAACUUUGUAACGGAGUGGAACCUUGUGUGUGGCGACUACUGGAAGAUUCCCCUCCAGCAUAUCUGUUUCAUGACGGGCUGGAUUCUGGGCUAUAUUCUUCUAGGCACCAUCUGUGACUGGCUUGGGCGGCGGCGAGCACUCCUCAUGUCUGUGUCCCUCUCAGGACUGCUGGGAGUGGCGGUGUGCGUGUCCAACAGCCCUGUGGCCUUCCUGCUUCUGCGGCUCUCUCAGGGGGCCAUGCUGGCAGGGGUGUUCCUCUCCUCCUACAUCGCUCGUCUGGAGGUGUGUGAUCCCCCUCAUCGUCUCAUGGUGUCCAUGGUCAGUGGCUUCUUUGCCAUGUUUGCAGAGUUGCUCUUGCCCGGACUGGCAGUGGUUUGCAGUGAUUGGCCAGUACUACAAGCAGUGGCUACUGUACCCUUGCUUCUCAUAAUCUCAUAUUGGUGCUGUUCCUCAGUGUUCCCGGAGUCUCCACGCUGGCUGCUGGCCACAGGUCAGAUCCCACAGGCCAAAAAGUCUCUGCAGAUCUUCGCUGUGCGGAAUGGCUUCUAUCUGAGUGAGGAGCUGUUCCCUGCCGAGAACUUGCUUUCAGAGAUGGACACAGCCUAUGGAGAGGACAGCGAGACGGAGUACCAUAGUGUGCUGGAGCUUCGUCACACCCGAGUCAUCUGGAGGAAUGGCCUCAUCCUUGGCCUCACUCUGUUCAUUGGCACAGGCAUCCAGUACUGCUUCACGCGUAACCUGCACAGUUACUCUACCCACUUCUACUUCAGCUAUUUCCUGCGCGUGCUGACGGGGGCGCUAGCCUGCGUCUUCCUCUGCCUGACCGUGGACCGCUUCGGCCGUCGUGGCAUCCUGCUGCUGGUUGCCAUAGUAACAGGCCUGUCGUCCCUGCUGCUGCUGGCGCUCACUCAGUACCUGCGGGGUGGGCUGAUACUGGUUCUGUCUGUAGUGGGCCUGCUGUCCUCCCAGGCCUUGGCUAUGCUGAGUGUGUUCUUCGCCAGUGAGGUGAUGCCCACAGUAGUACGUGGCGGCGCUCUUGGCUUGGUGAUGUCGGCGGGCUGCGUGGGCAUGGCGGCCUCCUCCUUGAUGGAGCUGCAGAACAACAGCGGCUACUUCCUCCACCACGUGAUCUUCGCCUCCUUCGCCGUGCUCUCCAUCCUCUGCAUCAUGCUGCUGCCCGAGAGCAAGCGCAAGCCGCUGCCCGACUCGCUCAAGGACGGCGAGUGCCAGCGGCGCCCGCCGCUUUUCCUGUCACGCGCCGACCGCGACAGCCUCCCGCUCCUGCGCACCACCCGCGCCCCCGCCUCCGAGUACAACCCCGACAACUACGCCCGCCUGGUCAGCGCCACCAAGAAGAUGCUGGCUAAAGACACGUUGCCAUUCAAAAUGGUUGCCGUCACACCUCCCCACCAGACGCUGCUGCUGCCGCAUGGCGUGAUAUCGGGGACCCAGGGAGGGGCAAGAGGCCUGGAGAACAGGGGACUGCAUGACGGCUCCUCCUAGCACACCUCCAGCUAAACGGCCCUUUCAAACGCACACACUCUCAUCUGAUGAAAUCUGUUACCUGCGUCUGGUAGUCCAAAGGGGACGCAAGGAGGAUGUCCUCUCUACCAGAGUGGCUCUCUGGCUCCGCAGGAGAGACUAGAUGCUGUGUCAUGACAUGCGUGACUGCCGCUGCUUUGACGGACACCACUGCACACAGUACCAGCAAAGAGUGGGGAUCAUGUGUGAAACUGGAAACUAUUUUAUAUUUCUGUGUGAUUUGCUUAUUUUCAGGGAAGGUGGGGGUGUAAAUAUGUAUAUGUUUUGUGAAUUUGAACAAACAUUACCAGAAGACUGUAUGCCAUGUCCUCGUGUUGUUGUGUCACUGAGGAACACUUUCUCGCUCUGAGCAUAUCCCUAUCUCCGUUCCUACACAAACAUUAUUUCUCUCUCUCUCACUCUCACUCUCCCUUUCCCUCCCUCUAGUGCAAAACUAUUCAGGGCUUUGGCUACCACAGCUCCCACAGUCACUUGAGUCCAAUUCCUUGUCAAUUUAGGACUGUAAGACUCAUGGUUCUCAUUAGCUGGUGUGUCUUGUGACAGUGGAGCCAGCAUGCAGCGCAGGGCCCUGAUCUAAUAUCUCCUCCUCAUCACUGCUGAUUCGCUGAAGGGUGCCUUCUCCACAUAGACUCACGGAAUCACUUCAUUCUUGGAGAUGGGUGCGGGGAAACUUCACUGGCCAAAGCACUCGAUGACGCAAGGGUUAGUGGUGUGAUCGGGAAGACCAAUGACCACCUUCAAGUUCUAAAUCAAGUUCUAAUGAUCUCACGUGAUCUCUUGUGUUUACAACUACUAGGACAUGGCACAUAACAUGAGAAAAACUGUUCAAAGCCAUAUAAGAUGCUGUUUGUGUGUGGCUUGUACUCAUGUGAAACUGAGUUGAAACUGGAGCCAAAGGUCUGCAUUUCAAGUCCAAGGGCUGGAACAGUCACAGGAGCUUUUGCCAAAGGACAGACUUUUAUCGCUUGUGAAGGGAAUAUGUUAUUGGGCCUAAUUUCUUCACCAAAUAAAAGUUUGCAUCAGAUGCCUCUGAUGUCAACAUAACUUUUUUAAGCACAGACAAUAAAAAUAAUAAAUACUCUACUCCUUAUAA